AUGUGGGUUAUGUUGCCAUGAACCGGCUCCUCCCAAACUCACUUUCCGAGUUUUGUCACUCCGCCGUUUCAUCAGUGAAGGGUUUGCCGGUUUCUUCUCUCCGGCGGCGAACAUUGGCAAUCAAGAAAAGACGGAUUAUGAUAAAUUCAUUGUCGCUAGAACCAAUGGAAGAAGAAGAAGAAGUCCAGCCAAAGAAGAAGGAUUAUGUACAUUAUGAUCACAAUGAUGCUUGCAAAGACUCCAGGUGGACUUCUAGGGAAUCUUACCAGUUCAUGUACGCAAGGCCAUGGCAUAAAGUGCUUGAUUUUUAUUCGGAUGUGGUGAACGGGCGCUUGUCGUUAGAAGCAUUACUUGGAGAGUGCAGAGAUCUUUCUCGAGAGACACAUUUAUCUUCCAAUGGCGUUGAAAUGGUUGAGGAUCCUGACAUGUCUGAAUCCAAGAAUGUUUCAUCUAAAGAUCGGAGUGGGAGGUGGGCUCGAGUAACAUAUAAGAUAAUCCUGUCAUAUCACGGCGGUUCCUUUGAUGGAUGGCAGAAGCAGCCUGGUUUGAACACCGUUCAAGGUUUGGUGGAAAGAUCUAUUGGGAAGUUUGUUGAUGAAAAGAAAGCCGAACAACUGAGAGAGAAGGGUUUCCCAUUAGAAGCUGCUGUUUCUGUUGCAGGAAGGACUGACAAAGGAGUUACUGCUCUUAAACAAGUUUGUUCUUUCUAUACUUGGAGAAAGGAUGUUAAACUUCAAGAGAUUGUUGAUUCAAUUGAUGAAGCAGCACCAGAAAAGCUGAAGGUUGUUUCUGUUACUAAGGUAUCAAGGGCAUUUCAUCCUAAUUUCAGUGCGAAAUGGAGACACUACUUUUACAUUUUCCCUUUAGAUGAUAGCAAGGAUGAUAGCAAGGCCGAGGAAGGAAGUCAUAAUGUAAGUGAUGAGGAAGGAAGUCGUAGUGUAAGUGAUGAGGAAGGAAGUCGUAAUGUAAGUGAUGAGUUUGAAAGCCAAAAGAAAAUGACGAGAUUUGAAAUAAGCAAAGUCAACCGGCUUCUUCAUGAACUGGAAGGCAAAUUAUUGUCCUACAGAAUGUUUGCACGAGAUUUAAAGCCCUCGAGGAAUACAGGACCACCCACUGAGUGUUUUAUCUACCAUGCUCGAGCUGCGGAAAUUACAAUACCAUGUUCUUCUAUUGAGGUUUUUCUAUUGCAAAGCCCAUUUCAAAACACUUUCCAGAAAAAUCCUCUUUUUUCUUUUGUUCACUCAUCAAGUCCUUCUGGAUGUAUGCAGGAGGAGAAGUGCACGAAAGCAAUGUGUAUCGAGUUGGUUGCUAACCGCUUCUUAAGAAAGAUGGUUCGAGUUCUUGUGGCAACUGCGAUUAGAGAAGCUGCCGCUGGAGCAGAAGAUGACGCAUUAGUUAAGCUAAUGGAUGCAACUUGCAGGCGAGCCACUGCUCCUCCUGCACCUCCCGAUGGCCUUUGCCUUGUUGAUGUUGGCUACGAGGAUUUUGAUCCAUGCAUUUGCCUUAUCCCUUGAAGAUGUGCACUAGAAAAAAAUCCCAGGCAUUGUAUUGUUUUUUUUUUUUCUUUAUCGAUUGAAAAUAGUGUUACAAGCCUGGAUA